AACAGAUCAAAUCUGGAUCCCUGGAAUCAAUAUACAGAUGCACAGAUCUGGGAAGCACUGGAGAAAACACACAUUAAGGACAUGGUAAGCCAGCUGCCUAAUUCACUGCAUUCAGAGGUGACGGAGAACGGAGAGAACUUCUCAGUGGGAGAGAGACAGCUGCUGUGUGUGGCCAGAGCUCUUCUCAGACACAGCAAGAUCCUGCUGUUAGACGAGGCAACAGCUGCGAUUGACACAGAGACAGACCGCCUCAUACAGGACACCAUUCGCACCUCGUUCAGUGGCUGCAGCACUCUCGUGAUCGCGCAUCGCCUCAACACUGUGCUGAACUGUGACAGGAUCAUGGUCCUGGACCAGGAGCAGAUUUUGGAGUUUGACACCCCUUCAAACCUGCUGGCUGAUGAAAACUCACGUUUUCGUGCCAUGAUGUUGGCAGCUGAAGAAACGCUUAGUCACCCCUAAGAAGUCAGCAGCCACUGAAGACAUCCAGAGAGACACAGAGACACAUCCAGAGAGAGCAGAGCUCCUCCAGCCUGCUGAGAAGACUGAAAUCCUUGAAGCUGCUCAAACUGAGAUUGUCCGUUUGUUUGGUGUAGUUUAAGACGAUGAUCAUGUUGUUAUUAGCACACAGAGAGAUUCUGAGUUUAUAUAGUGUAUGAUGUCCGACGGGAACGUUUAUGUUGAUGGCACUUUAUUUGUGUUACGUGGCUGAAGAAUCCUGCCUUCCGCAGAAGCAUCAGGACUCCUGGAGUCAGUCUGAACAAGUGUUGACUGAGUGUGUUUCUCAUACGAGACGUCCUUCUACCUGGGUUUGGUGGAAGUAAAUUUUGCACACUGAUAAUGUAUUUGUUUUCCUGUCUUUAAGCAUUUAUUUGCUGUGUAAAAGUAUGCAAGGUAUGCAUCGACCAUAAGGUAUCCUAUUGAUUUGCCUUAUUUGUAUCUGAGGUUUUCAGGCAUAUAUGAAUCCAACCAAAGAUGACGUUCAGAUCAGUCACACAUAUCAAACAUUCCAGAAAUCAGCACAAAAUGUUUAUUUUUAUAUCUGCUUGUGCUUUUGUUGUUACUCAUACUGUGUAAGUUUUGUGCCUCUGCUGUUAUAUAUUUGGCAGAUAUCUGUCAAAAGCAUUGUGCAAAUAGUGUUUUAGUGACAAAAUGUGCAAUGUGAAUUCUUGCAAUAAUUCAACGUUCUUAUUUGUACUAUUUCUGUGUAAUAUGCUGUUCUGAUUUUU